AUGCUUGGAAUUCGACGAUCGCUAACCCCUAUGACGUACAUUAGGCCGACAAAGCGCUUAGCAGCGCAUCUGGUGGCUUCAGCUUCUUCGGUGGAAGGACAGAGAAGUACGAGAAUGCGGCUGAUCUCUACACACAAGCUGCGAACGCCUUCCGAGUGCAGAAGCAGAGAAGCUGGUCUUGCCUUCGAAAAGGCUGCCUCCAUUCAGACCCAGAACCUUAACGAGCCCGACGAUGCAGCAAACACCCUGACUGAAGCGUUCAAGGUCUACCGCAAAUCCGACCCCGAGGACGCCGCUCGCGUGCUCUCCAGUGCCAUCCAACACUACGUGCUAAAGGGUAACCUCCGUCGCGCGGCCACGCAACAGCAACAUCUGGCCGAGGUCUAUGAGGUGGAACUGGGAGAUACGAAGAAGGCGCUGGAAGCCUACGAGAAAGCGGCGGAGUGGUUCGACGGUGACAAUGCUGAAGCACUUGCCAACAAGCACUACCUUAAGGCAGCGGACCUGGCCGCUCUCGAAGGCGACUACUACAAGGCUAUUGAGCACUACGAGCGGAUCGGCCGCUCAUCAAUCAAUAACAACCUGAUGAAAUGGUCCGUUAAGGACUACUUCCUCAAGGCUGGCAUCUGCCACUUGGCGACGAAUGACCUGGUGGCCGCCAACCGCGCCCUCGAAAACUACCGCGACAUCGACACCACCUUCGCCUCGACAAGAGAGCACCAGCUCCUCGUCGACCUGAUCCAGACCAUCGAAGCCGGCGACCAGGAAGCAUUCGCCGACAAGCUGUUCCAAUUCGACCAGCUCAGCAAGUUGGACAAGUGGAAGACAACUCUUCUGUUGCGGAUCAAGAACAGUAUCGAGGAGCAGGGCGAGGAUUUCUCUUAG